AUGAAUGAUGAUAAAAAUGCAGAAAAGGAAGCUGGUGGACACGCAGCAUCGGAAUAUCAUAAAACUGAAGGAAAAAAAGGAGACGAGAGCUAUGAAAAGAAACACGAGUUAGAUAAAGGUGAGGAAGGACAUCACGAUCAUGAGGAUCAUAAUAAAAGUUAUGAGGAGUCAAAUGGUGUCGAGAAAAAGCACAAAGACGAGGCUGGACAUUAUGACGAGUAUCUGGAGGGUGAGAAACGUGAAAAGUUUGCCGAGUUCGAUGAAGAGGGUAAACACCAAAAGGGACACAGUACUAAGGGUCAACACAAUGUUUACAAGAAAGAUGAGUAUGAGAAAAAACAUGAUUUCUAUGAUGAAUUUCAUGAUGAAGACGGACAUGAACAGCAAGGUGGAUUCAAACAUUCACACGAAAAUAAAAAAGGUGGAUUUGAUAAAAAAGGUCAUCGUGAUUAUGCUCAUCAAAAGGGUCAUCAUGGAAAAAAACAUGAUCACCAUAAAGCCAAACAUCAUCAUAAUAAAAAAAAUCAUAAAUCUGGUGAGGGUAAUAAUCAUCAUCAUAAAUCUCAUUACAAACAUGGAAAAAGAGCUGGCAAAGCACGAAAAAAACAAUGGUCACGUUCUGACAAAGCUUCAUGA